AUGGCCACUAUUAAGCCCAUCGAGGGCCGCACCGUGCAUCAAAUACAAUCUGGCCAAGUCAUCGUUGAUCUCUGUUCUGUUGUCAAGGAAUUAGUCGAAAACAGCAUCGAUGCGGGCGCCAGUAGCGUAGACGUUCGCUUCAAGAAUCAGGGUCUCGAUUCGAUCGAGGUUCAAGACAACGGCUCAGGCAUCUCGCAUGACGACUACGAUACUAUUGCCUUGAAGCACUACACUUCGAAGCUUUCAACCUACUCCGAUCUAGCAACUCUUGAGACAUUUGGUUUCCGUGGUGAAGCCCUGUCUUCACUAUGUGCCCUAUCGCGGUUCAGUAUCGUCACUUGCCUAGCAAAGGACGUUCCCAAAGGCACCAGACUCGAAUUCGAAAUUUCAGGCAAACUGGGCAAUACCAGUGUUGUUGCUGCUCAGAAAGGCACCAAUGUCAUCGUCGAGAAUCUUUUCCAUAAUCUGCCAGUCCGUCGUCGCGAACUCGAACGCAACAUUAAAAGAGAAUGGAACAAGGUCAUUUCGCUCCUCAACCAGUAUGCCUGCAUCCAGACAGGUGUCAAAUUUACCGUAUCACAGCAGCCCAGCAAAGGCAAACGCAUCGUUCUAUUCUCCACCAAAGGCAAUCCGACAACCCGUGAGAACCUCGUCAAUAUUUUUGGCGCCAAGACGAUGAUGGUUCUGGUCAAGCUGGACAUGUCGCUAGAUUUCGACCCCACUGUCAGUCGUGGUGUGAAAAAUGCACAGAGGAGUGAAAAGGUUUCUACUGAAGUCCGUGUUCAGGGCUACGUCAGUCGGCCAGCGCAUGGCGAAGGCCGCCAGACUCCAGAUCGCCAGAUGUUUUUCGUCAACGGGAGGCCUUGCGGCUUGCCUCAGUUUGCUAAAGUUUUCAACGAGGUUUACAAGGCAUACAACUCGUCACAAUCCCCCUUUAUAUUAGCAGACAUUCAACUCGACACACAUCUGUAUGAUGUCAACGUCAGCCCUGAUAAACGCACCAUCCUCUUGCAUGACCAAAAUCGAAUGUUGGAAAACUUAAGAGAGGCCUUGGCUGCUCUCUUCCGAUCACAGGACUACUCUAUACCAGUGGGGCAGUCGUACACGCAAAAGCUUCAUCGAGGUACCCAAGGCACCGUAAUCAACACGGAGGUCGACGGCGACGGCAAAGGUACUCAAACCGAGGCACAAAAUACCAAGAAGUCGACGUUCACAGCGAAUGAGCCACGCCCAGCCGUCCAGAACCACGGUUCAAGCUCUGAGGAUGAAGACGAUCGAUUCCCACCGCGCAGCAAACAAGUCCGGAAGACUCGUGCGACACAGCAAAAGAAGACAUCACCCGCAGACCUACAGUCGCAAAAUUUGAUGAGUCGCUGGGUUGGAAGAACAGCAAAAGAUAGUCGAGAACCCGACGAGCCGCGGUUGAAUAGGGGGGGCGAUACCAGGAUAUCGACAACUCCUGGAGAGCCUGGUGAAUCACGAGGAGAAGAUGAAGUUGCUGAAGAGCCGCCAGAGUCCCCAGUGAAGGUGCUGGAUACUACGCCAGCAGACACACUAGAAACCCCUCGGAGGGUGCUAGACUUUCGUGCUCGUCUCGCCGAGCUGGAUGAGCGAGAGGACCCCGAAGCACCGUCAAAACAUGUACCAAGCACCUCUGAAGGCGGAAAAGCCUCUAACCAAGCUGAGAUCCCAGCCGUUACGCCGAUUAGGACUCCGGCAGACAACAGCAUGCCGGCAGUGGCGCCACGAAUGUCGAAAAGACAUGCUCCAGAUGUUGCUACUAUCAUCAUUGGAGACUCCACCGUCGUAGGGUCAGCAGAAAUACACGCUAAAAAAUUGAAGCUUGAUCAGGGGACAGGACAUGCAAAAUCCCCCAUUAGCAAACCCACGGCCUUAGGUUCAUCCUUCGGCUCUCGUUUGACACAGAUAUUCUCAGCCAAUCGAUCUAGAGAUGAGGCGGGAAAUGCCAAUGACAGUUUGCAAGAUCUAGACAAGAUCAGCGCAGCCACAGAUGUUGGUAGCCAAGCAAACGGGUCCGAUUUGCCCAGUUCCUUUAGAGAGAAUCAUUCAAGCGAGGCAACGGAGACUGAUAGCUUUGUUGAAGAGUUACCAAGUAUCCCAGGAGAACUCCACAGCCAAAUCGAUGCACACAGCUUCAAGUCAUCUCGUUUUGACGACGAUGCAGCCCUGGAUCAGUCUGUUGCAACUGAGCACCAGCCUGAGGAAGGUGAGUUGGAACGAGCUGAGGCUUCCAGUAAGAGGCCCAGUGCUCUCAAAGCCGGAGUCAAGCGGAAGGAUGCCACUCUACAACAUGAGCAAAGCAUAAAGAUCAAUGAGGGGGGUCUGCACACUCAAAUGAGAUUGUGGGCAUCUGAAAUGAAGCGAGCAAAUUCACGUCAAACCAACACCCUCAGUGCCUCGGGCUUAGAGUCGCAAGAUGCUGAAGAAGUCCUUUCCCUCAUUAUUACAAAAGCUGACUUUGGAAAGAUGACUAUCGUUGGCCAAUUCAACCUGGGUUUCAUCAUCGCUGUCCGUUACGCAUCAGGCAAAGGGGACGGUGGUAGUUCUAGCAGCGAUGACGAGCUCUUCAUCAUUGACCAGCAUGCUUCGGACGAGAAGUACAACUUCGAACGACUGCAGUCGACGACAGUCCUACAAUCACAGCGACUUGUGCAUCCGAAGCAGCUCGAACUCACGGCUCUUGAGGAAGAAAUUGUGAUGGAGAACAUUGCUGCCUUGAACACCAAUGGCUUUCUGGUGGACGUGGACCGGUCCGGCAAUCAACCUGUGGGAUUACGAUGCAAACUUCUCGCUCUCCCUCUAAGCCACGGGACGACCUUUACGCUAUCUGACCUCGAAGAAUUGAUAUCUCUCCUGGGGGACUAUCAAUCUAACGAGGGCGUCUCCGCCCCACGACCCUCCAAGGUCCGUUCAAUGUUUGCCAUGCGUGCCUGCCGGAGUAGUGUCAUGAUCGGAAGGGCUCUGGCGCAUCAGCAGAUGGAGAAGCUUGUCCGUCACAUGGGCGAGCUGGAUAAGCCUUGGAAUUGCCCCCACGGACGACCAACAAUGCGCCAUUUGAGUGGGCUCGGCUCUUGGGAUGAGAUAGGGUGGAAGGAGGACAGACCAGGCGUGGACUGGGCCACAUAUGCCCGGGGCUAA